AGUGUACCAUUGUUUACCACUUGUGUGAAAGUUUAUUGUCAACAAUUUUGGGAAUAAAAUGGAAUGUAUUGAAGUUCUAGCGGAAAAUAUUAUUAAAAUAGAGCAGGUGAAAGAAGAACCAGUUGAUAUUGAAGAACCACUCAAUUCCAUUGAAGAUGAUGACUGCAGUCAUGAAUGGUGUUCAGUAAAGGCAGAAGGUAAUGUAGAAGAGGAGUUGGAGCCUCCACUCGCUGUGAAUGUUGCGCCUUUUGCGGAGCCCGACGGAGCUUCUAGUAAGGAAGAGAAGGUUAGAAUGACAUGUUACUAA